AUGGCCCCCACAGACCGUCUCAACCAGGUCAACAAGCACCUCAACUAUCCGGCGGGCAUGCUCGCCGGCCAGGUGGCCAUCAUCACCGGCGCUGGCCAAGGCAUCGGCGCCGAAGCGGCGCGGCUGUUCGCCAACGAGGGCGCCAAGGUGGUCGUUGCUGAUAUCGACAGCAACGCAAGCGGGCCGCCUGGUCGCGGGUUGCGCGCAUUUGCGCCCGUUCCCUUCAGCGCUAAUGUCUCAGCAGAGAAAGCUAACGCCGUGGCUGACGGCAUCAACGCCGCCGAGCCCGGCCGCGCUCUGGCGGUGGUGGGCGAUGUCUUGGACGCGAGCUACAUCGAGACGCUGGUGAAGCGGACGGCCGAGUUCGGCGGGGGCAAAAUCCAUAUCAUCGUGAACAAUGCCGGGUUUACCUGGGACGGCGUCAUUCACAAGUUGACCGACAAGCAAUGGGACACCAUGCUGGCCGUGCACAACACAGCGCCGUUCCGCCUGGUGCGCGCGGCGGCGCCGUACUUCCGCGUCAAGGACCAGGAGCCCCGGGUGAUCAUCAACAUCAGCAGCACGAGCGGCAUUCACGGCAAUGCCGGCCAAGCCAACUACGCUGUCGCCAAGGCCGGCGUCGUCGGCCUCACCCGCACCAUCGCCAAAGAAUGGGGACCAGCCUUUGGCGUGCGCUCCAACACCAUCGCCUUCGGCUACGUAACCACCCGUCUGACUGCCGCCAAGGAGGCCGGGGCCUUCAUCACCACGCCCGACGGCACGAAGGUCGCCCUCGGCAUCCCUGGCCAGCAGCUGGCCGGCAAGAAGGGCGACGAGGCGGCCGCCUACCCGGACAUCCCGCUGCGGCGGCCGGCGAGCCCGGAGGAGGCAGCGCGGGCGAUUUUGGGCGUGGCGAGCCCGUACUUCUCGUACGUGAAUGGGGAGACCAUCCGGGUUACUGGGGGGAGGAAUAUGUGA